AUGGAGCCCUUAAUAGGCGGGCCCACCUCGCCCUUCCGCUUGGGCAACACCCCUGGUACUGCAACGCAUCUACUGGAUACGCAGCAGCCGCGGGAACAGAGUGAUUUCUCCUUUUACAAGACUGUAAACCCGGCCGACAAAAACCUGCACAGCACCUACAGGAGAGGCAAGAGGAGCGCUGAAGCCACAAAGCUUAAGACGCUGCAAUCUCAGGACAGCUUUAAACGGGAUGCUCUUAGAACAAUUACCAGGUUUCUGUCAUUUUCCGAGUUUCCGGGUCCUUUAUCGGCUAAGGCGCUGAGCAGCCCUCAGCGAUCUCUGCUAAUAGAUAUAUGGGGUCAUCUAUUCAGGUAG